AUGAUCUCACAUGAAGAAGAGGAGGAGGAGGAGGAGGGGGAGGGGGAGGGGGAGGAGGAGGAGGAGGAGGAGGAGGAGGAAGGGGAGGGGGAGGGGGAGGGGGGGGAGGGGGAGGCGGAGGAGGAGGAGGAGGAGGAGGAGGAGUCAGCAGCUCUCCAAUCACAGAGCAGCACACUGAAGCGCACGCUUACAAACCACUGCUUAGUCAAGAGUCCCUAA